CGCGGGGCCGUUGGAGCCUCUCCCGGGGCCGGAGAAGGGCUACAGAAUAACGUCCACGUUUUGCUCCAGAUCAUCCCAUCCUCCCAGGGGGAAGGCAAUGGCUGCAAUGGAGCUGGCUCAUGAUCCGGUGACUUUCGAGGAGGUGGCUGUGUAUUUCACUAGGGAGGAAUGGGCUCUUCUGGACCCUGUUCAGAGAGCCCUCUACAGGGAUGUCAUGCAGGAGAACUAUGAGACGGUGACCUCGCUGGUAGGGUUUCCAGUUUCGAAACCUGAUGUGAUCUCCCAGGUGGAACGAGGGGAAGAGCCGUGGGUUCCAGACCUCCAGGGCUGUGAGAAAGAAGUGCUUCCAAGAGCUACCUGCACAGGUAGUGACCUGUGUCUGGAUUCUCCCUGUCUCCCAUCAGGUGAUGGGAUGGUGAGUGAGAAUGAGGAGGAGAAACCCCAUCAGGAAGAUGCUGAGCGAAGAGAAGCACAUGGAAUAUUAUCAGGAAGAUCCAAAGAGAAUGUUUCCAGGAGUUGUGCACUCCCAGAAAAACCAGAAGCCUGUGAGACUCAGGGGAGGCCAGAGGGAAACUUGAGUAGCCUCUCAGACCUUGUAACAAGCGGCAGAAUCAACUUGGAAGAGACACGCUACAUGUGCCAUGAGUGUGGGAAAAGCUUCAGUUGGAGCUCUACCCUUGUCAGACAUCGUAGAAUCCACACAGGAGAGACGCCUUAUACGUGUACUGAGUGUGGGAGACACUUCGGUCAGAGCUCACACCUUAUCCGACAUCAGAGAAUCCACACGGGAGAGACACCGUACACGUGCUCUGAGUGUGGGAAAAGCUUCAGUCAGAGCUCUACCCUGAACACACAUCGUAGAAUCCACACAGGAGAGACGCCCUGCACAUGCACUGAGUGUGGCAGAAGCUUUCGUUGGCGCUCAGACCUUAUUGUACAUCGUAGAAUCCACACAGGAGAGACGCCGUACACAUGCUCUGAGUGCGGGAAAAGCUUCAAUCACUGCUCAACCCUUAUCAGCCAUCGUAGAAUCCACACAGGAGAGACGCCGUACACAUGCUCAGACUGCGGGAAAAGCUUUAGUUGUAGCUCAACCCUUAUCACACAUCAGAGAAUCCACACAGGCGAGAAGCCCUACUCAUGCUCAGAGUGCGGGAAAAGCUUUAGUCGGAGCUCACUCCUUAUCACACAUCAGAUAAUCCACACGGGAGAGACGCCUUACACGUGCACUGAGUGUGGGAAAAGCUUCAAUCGGAGCUCUACCCUGAACACACAUCGUAGAAUCCACACAAGAGAGACGCCCUACACAUGCUUUGAGUGCGGGCAAAGCUUCAAUCAGUGCUCAACCCUUAUCAGACAUCAGAGAAUCCACACAGGAGAGAAGCCCUACUCAUGCUCAGAGUGCUGGAAAAGCUUUAGUCGGAGCUCACUCCUUAUCAAACAUCAGAUAAUCCACACGGGAGAGACGCCUUACACGUGCACUGAGUGUGGGAAAAGCUUCAAUCGGAGCUCUACCCUGAACACACAUCGUAGAAUCCACACAAGAGAGACGCCCUACACAUGCUUUGAGUGCGGGCAAAGCUUCAAUCAGUGCUCAACCCUUAUCAGACAUCAGAUAAUCCACACAGGAGAGAAGCCCUACACAUGCUCAGAGUGCGGGAAAAGCUUUAGAUGGAGCUCAUACCUUAUCAGACAUGAGAGAAUCCACACAAGGGAGAUGCCCUACACAUGCUUUGAGUGCGGGCAAAGCUUCAAUCAGCACUCAAGGCUCAUUAGACAUCAGAAAAUGCACAGGAGAGAGAAUUGUAAUAAAUCCCUUGACUAG